AGUCGGACCGCAGUAACCGCCGGCACGCUGUUUGGACGGCACGCGGCCUGCGCCUCCACGAGACACCUUCACGACACAGCCGACGGCCAAACUCACGCGUCCAGAGCGGCAUAGACUCGCAAAACUAUAACACAAAUAUUUAUAUUUUAAUAAUAUUAUUAUUAUAGCAAUAAAGUCACGUGGACGGAACCGGGACCGAUCAGGAGUAAGAUGACAAUGGACGUUAAAGCCAGUCAAGUAGCAGCCAGCACAGCUACCAAGUCGAGUGCCAACGUCGGCGCUUCCGCAUCGACGGGAGGCCAAGAGUGUGCCGGAUGCGGAAAACACAUAACCGAUAGAUUUCUGUUGAAGGCGCUGGAUUUGUUUUGGCAUGAAGACUGUUUGAUGUGUGGUUGCUGCGGUUGUCGGUUGGGCGAAGUCGGAUCGACGCUGUACACCAAGGCGAACAUGAUAUUGUGCAAAAAGGAUUACUUCAGGUUUUACAGGAUGUUUGGCAAUAAGGGCAUGUGUGCGGCUUGCUUCAAGGACAUACCGGCGUUCGAGAUGGUCAUGAGGGCCCGUAGCAACGUGUAUCACUUGGAGUGUUUCGCGUGCCAACAGUGCAAUCACAGAUUUUGUGUCGGAGACCGCUUUUAUCUGUGCGAAAACAAAAUAUUAUGUGAAUACGAUUUCGAGGAGAGAAUGGUAUUUGCAAACAUGGCUUAUAAUCCAGCUACUUUGGCUCAGUUGAAACGCCACGCCACACACAUACCACCAGCGGUUGGUGGAGGGGGUAGAGCAGAUCUACCGAUGGCGGCAGGAAGCAACGGGGCUGGUGAUCGUAGAGCCACGCCAACUGAUUCACACCACCAUGGACAUCACCAUCAUGGGCACCAUCACGGAGCACCCACCAGCAAUGGGCACCAGUACGGCGGAUCGGGGGCCACCACGAACGGUGACCAGUCUCAGCUCCAAUUAUACGACGUAAAAUGAUAACAUAAAAUCGUGUUACUUCUCAAAAAACGCUCUCUUUUUUAAAUUUGAUUUUAGAACUAUUUUGUUAUUUAUUGCCCACGAGUAUCUUGAUAUAACUACGCAUAAUAUUAUUAGAUUUAUUGACAAAAACAAAUCGUUACAGACAGAUCACUUCUGUUUGGCUAGUCACGACGAUAAGAUAUUAUUCUUAGUAUAAAAUUAUAAUAUUGUUUAAAUUUUUUUCACAAGCUAAAGUGCAAAAUAAAUUUUUAAUUCGUGCAAUUAAAAAAAAAAACUGUUAAUUUAAUUACUCAUUAAUGGUUUUUUUUUUUUGUUGUUGUUGUUGUUGUUGCUUAAAUGACACCAAUCAAAUAGUGUCUAUUUACUGUCUUUAAUAUUUAAACUAAAAUACUAAUAUUAUACAUUUUAACAUUAAUUGUAUAUUAUGAUUUAAAAUUAUUCCAUUUGUCCAAAUAUCGAAAUAUAUUAAAACAAAAUUAUCUUUACCAAACUAUACUUUGUAAUAAUAAUAUAUAUAGUAUAGGUACUAGUUUAGUGUUAAGUACUUGUAAGUUUGUAUGUAUUAUUCUUUUUACCCUUAUAUAAAGGAUCUCUUGUUGAUUUAAAUAAUGUUCUAAGUUACCUUUGUAUUGUUUUCAAUUUUAUUAUAUUUAACAGUAAGACGGAACACUGGUAGUAUUAUAUAAUAUUAUAUCUACAUGUGUAUUAUGAUAAUAAUAUGUGCGUGAUUAAAAACAAAUAUAAAAGUAUUUCGUUGGCAC